AUGACAGAUAGUAAUAAAAUACAUAAACCAUUGGUUACACUUGGUUUUCAAGAAACUGAUUUCGAUCAAGAUGAAUUGACAAGUGAUUUCUUUCCAAAUAAAGUUGGUGGUAAACCCGUAAGUAGUUGGUUAUCAUGGUUAGAUCUUGGUAAUCUACCAUUGAAUAGUGAUUUCAAGUGUGAUGUCUGUGAGGAGCAGAUGUCGUUUUUGUUGCAAUUCUACGCACCUUGGUCAGACCAUGCUAGAACCUAUCAUAGAAUGUUGUUUGUGUUUUGCUGUCAGAAAGCACGUUGUCACAGAUACAGAGUGUUCCGUUCACAACUGCCAAAGGUGAACGAUUACUAUGAGGCGGAUCAAGAGGAUCGUCGUUACGAAGAGGGUUUCGCAGUAUCAAAGACAAAGCAGGAUGCACGUCAACCACAAUGUACAUUCUGCGGGUGUGCAGCACCAACACGUUGUGGAAACUGUCGUCGUGUUCACUACUGUGGAAAAGAUCAUCAGUCGCGCGAUUGGGAACUUGGACAUCGUGAACAAUGCAAACAGAACAACCAUACACUCGCCAAGAGAAAAGCAGAGUUUCACUAUAAGGAAUUCCUCAUUGUCUGCGACGACAUUGAGCAGACUCCUGUCGUCCUGGUGACAAAUAAACAUACAAAUCAAGAUGGUGGACAAGAUGAUGGUGGACAUGAUGAAGAUGAAGUAGAAGAUGAUUAUGAAAGUGAAGAAGAAGAGGAUGGAGAAACAGCAUCGGCGGCACCAGGCAAAGAAUUGGCAUUGAGAGAAGGCGACUCUGGAAACGUGACAAUGGAUCACGAAGCAUUGGAAAACUAUCAAGAUUAUCUGGCAGAGACUGGCAAAGACAAUGAGUUCUCUGAGAAGACUUUCACCAAUUUGAAGGAUCGUCAACUGGCUAUCUUCAAACAGACUACAUCGAGCGAUCGCGAUCAAAUACUGCGGUACUGUCGUGACGUCAACUACCAAACACUCUGGGUAUCCGAGAAGAAUGUUCCAACUGACAGCGAUAUACCGUGCUGUCCAAAUUGCAAUGGCGAACGUUCUUUGGAAAUGCAAAUCCUACCGCAACUCCUCUAUUUCUUGGACAUCGAUUCCAAUCAAGUCUCUUCGAUUCACGACAUUGACUUUGGAAUACUCUCAAUCUACACCUGUAAGAACUCAUGUGAAUACGACAACAAAACAAAAGGAAUACAAGAGGAAUUCAUUUGGAAACAAGAUUUUACAAAAUAA